AUGCCGGGACCCUCGACGCCGCCGCACCCGCCGGAGCAGGGGGGGCUCCUGGCUUCCUCCCCCUUCACCGUGGGAGGGCACCGCUGGCGCGUCUGGUACUACCCCAACGGGGACGGCACGGCGACCAAGGGGUGGGUGUCCAUCUACCCCUUCCUCGACGAGGACGUCGCCGAGCCGGUGAGGGCGAGGUUCCGGCUCAGCAUGUUGUCGGAGAGGCGGGCGCUCUUCUUCCUCCACUACAAGGAAGAGCUGCUCUCUCAUCCCGAAGUGCAGCACGAUUUCACCAGCCGCAGCGGCUGGGGGUAUUCCAAGUUCUGCAAAAGUGAGGAUCUGGCUUCGCUGGUGCGUCGCCGCAGCGUCGACCGGUUCAGCAUCCGGUGCGACAUCGUCGUCCUCAACGGGUUCCGCACGGAGGAGGAGGAGGCGCCGUCGGCCGCCGUUCCCCCGUCCGACCUGCACAGGCACCUCGGCGACCUCCUCCAGAGCGGAAGGGGCACCGACGUGGUGUUCGAGGUCGGCGGCGAGGCGUUCGCCGCGCACCGGUGCGUGCUCGCGGCCCGGUCGCCGGUCAUCAGCGCCGACCUCCUGGGCGCGGCGAAUGACUGCGCCGCAGCAGCCGGCGUCGUGCGCGUGGACGGCGUGGAGCCGCGGGCGUUCAAGGCUCUGCUCCACUACGCCUACACCGACUCGCUGCCGGAGAUGGACAAGGAAGAGGAAGGCGCCAUCCUCCGGAACCUGCUCAUGGCGGCGGAAAGGUACGGCUUGCCGAGGCUCAAGACGAUCUGCGAGGACAAGCUGUGCAGGCUCCUUGACGUCGCCACUGUGGAGAUCGUGCUCGCGCUCGCGGAGCAGCAUCACUGCGACAGGCUGAAGGAAGCAUGCCUGCAGUUCCUCGCUGCUCCGGCGAACCUGCGGGCAGUCAUGAGAGCUCGUGGCAGGUAG